CUGACCAAGGUGGAGCAACAACGGUUCAAGGAGGAGGCGGAGAUGCUGAAGGGGCUCCAGCACCCCAACAUCGUCCGCUUCUACGACUCCUGGGAGUCCACCCUCAAGGGCAAGAAGUGCAUCGUCCUCGUCACCGAGCUGAUGACCUCGGGGACCCUCAAGACGUAUCUCAAGAGGUUCAAGGUGAUGAAACCCAAGGUUUUACGCAGCUGGUGCCGGCAAAUCUUGAAGGGUCUCCACUUCCUCCACACCCGAACUCCACCGAUUAUCCACCGGGACCUCAAAUGUGACAACAUCUUCAUCACCGGCCCCACCGGCUCGGUGAAAAUCGGCGAUUUGGGCUUGGCCACGCUGAUGAGGACCUCCUUCGCCAAAAGCGUCAUCGGGACGCCGGAAUUCAUGGCGCCGGAGAUGUACGAGGAGCGGUACGACGAGUCGGUGGACGUCUACGCCUUCGGGAUGUGCAUGUUGGAGAUGGGCACCUCCGAGUACCCCUACUCCGAGUGCCAGAACGCCGCCCAGAUCUACCGCAAAGUCACCAGCGGCAUCAAACCGGCCAGUUUCGAGAAGGUGACGGACCCGGAGGUGAAAGAAAUCAUCGAAGGUUGCAUCCGGCAGAACAAAGCCGAGAGGCUCUCCAUCCGGGAUCUUCUCAACCAUGUUUUCUUCGCCGAGGACACGGGGCUGCGGGUGGAGCUGGCGGAGGAGGACGCGGGGAUGGAGUCGGCGUUGGCGCUGCGCCUUUGGGUGGAAGAUCCCAAGAAGUUGAAGGGGAAACACAAGGACAACGAGGCCAUCGAGUUCUCGUUCGACCUGGAGGCCGAUGUCCCCGAGGAGGUGGCCUAUGAGAUGGUCAAGGACACCCCAAAAUUCGUCAUGAACCCCCAUAUUGACCCCUCGAAAUCAUCUUCAAACCUUCCCAAAGUCAACAACACCCCAAAAUUCAACCUGAACCCCAUGGUGAAAUCCGGAUUUUUCCACGAGAGCGACUCCAAAGCCGUGGCCAAAUCCAUCCGCGACCGGUUGACGUUGGUGAAAAAAACCCGAGAAAAGAACCAAGCGGGGGGUCGGGGGGUCCCCGAAAACGAGGACACGGAGGUCGACCAACACGUCCGGCAGCAGCUGCUCCACCACCAGCCCCCCAACACCG